CAGAAGGAAAACUUAAAGUUAAUAAAAUAAUAUUUACAACCCUUAACCAUAAAACUGAGACUGUCGUUAGCGCUGAAGAUGACAACAUUGUUGGCUCAUUGGCUGUUGCCGAAAUAUGUCGUAUACGCGGAGAGUAUAUAAUUUUUUAUGGUUAAGGGUUUUAAAUAUUGCUUUAUUAUAUACAACCAUAAGUUGCUCAAGUUUUUUCUAGAUAAACUUAAAGUUACUACUAGUAACCAUAGUUUGACUUAACCACGGUUAUAGAUAAAAUCGUAUAUCUUAUAUCGUGCUUUUAUAUCAAGGUCUUCUAUAGAUAAUAUUAUCUAUAGAACUUUAUAAACUUUUAUAUAGCAACGGAAAUCUGCCACAGAGAUUUGAUAUCAGCUGUCCAUAUUUUUAGUUUUAACUUUUAAGCGCCAACUGUUUCGUAUGUAAUAACUUAUAUGUUUAUCAUUUAAUUUUCACGUAUUCGGGAUUUUUUUACUAACGAAGUAUAGUAUAUUGAGCUGUUUGCUCUUUUUCUCACCUCAAACUUUUAAUUAGUUAAGUGUUAACCUUUAGUUCUGUUUAGGCCAAAAAUCGUUUCUACAAUCCUGAAAAAUGUGUCAUCCAAUGAACGAAAUAUUAAAUAUUUACAUCAAUAAUUAAUAUUGUGGUACAGUAGCUUGUUGAAAAUCCGAAUAAAAAUGGAGCACACCGUUACAGCUAAUUUCUUACAUCAAGAUUUAAAUUCCAGCCAUUGUUAUAAAAACACAAAUGGUAUUACACUUUUUGACAAAAAUCUUUGUAGAAUUAAUAAAAAUCUUGAAUUUGUUAAUGAAUACUAUACACCACAACAUUAUGAACUAUUUGAAAAUAACUUACAAACAAUUGAAAAUAAAUCAUCUGAAGACACAUUAGAAGAACCUAUUAAUCAAUCCGUUGCCUUUUAUGAUGAAUUGUAUAAACUCACUAUGAACCAAAUUGAGUCGAUGAGAAAAACCAAUGUUCGAAAAGUGUUGAACAAAAAAGCAUGUGAUUGGGAACGACAGAGAAGAAAUCAUAACUAUUUGCUAGAUACAGACUCUGAUAAAUCAAAACAUUUGCGUCGUAAAGAUCUUAUUAUAGAUAGAAAUUAUUCUAAUGAAUUGUUGCAUGUAGAUGAUGUUCAAUUACAAACUAAACUAUGCGAAGAACAAAUUAAGUUUGAUCAAAAAUCAAGAGAUGUCAAAUGUGUUUUAGCUUUAAAGAUAAUAUAUAGUUUACUUGGUGAUUCAAAAAAGUUGUUGAGUAAAAAUCAAGUUUCAAAUUCAAGUACUGAAGAAAUAGAUAGAUAUAAUUCAUUAGAGACUGCUUAUAACAAAUUUCAAAACAAGUUGGUUAAUUUCAGCGAGCAUGAUUUUUUAACUAUUAAUCAACUUACUCAAAAUAUUCAAAUAUUUAUUGAACAAUUGGGAAAAUAUAGAAGUGAAACUCAGAUAAAAAAUUUUACAUUCGAAAUUGAUGAAAAGAGUGAAUCUAAUAAUUGUAAUAAUACUUUAAAAACUGAAUGUAACAAUGGCAACUCCGACAAUAAUUUAAAUAGCUUCACAUUUAAAAUUAAUGAAAUAGAUGAAAAGAAUAAAUCUAAUAAUCAUAAUAACACUCUAAACAUUGAAAGUAAUGACAAUAAAUCCGACAACAAUUUAAAUAGUUUUACAUUUAAAGUUGUUGAACAGCCUGAACAAGUUAAUAAUGAGUUUUUUACUUUUAAUUUUAAAGUUGACAAAGAAGCACCUAGCUCAAGUAUUGAACAUUUUUCAUUUAAGAUUGAUAACCAUGUUGAACAGUCUACUCGAAGUACAUGUUAUAAAUUUGAAGAAGAAUACACACAAUUCUUAGAAAAUCAUUUAGUUCUUCAAAAACAUCUAAGGAAUUUUGAACAUUUAUAUUCAACAUUUCUAAAUGACUCCAACUAUAAAUCUGCUAGGCAAGAAUUGACAAAAUCAAUCAAUACUCCUGUUAAUAGUAUUUCUUCAGUAUCAGCAUGGCAUAUGAAAGAUAAAUAUGAUAAACUUGAUGCGUUAUUGAAAUGUAAAACUGUAAAAACUGGCAACUCUAUUAUUUCAGCAAAUUGUCAUAAAGAUGCCUUAGCCUUUUGCAAGGACACAUUAGCAAAAAAAAUUAUAAACAUUGGUGAACAAGUAACUAGUGUUAAAACAGAAACCGCUUUUGAAGUAGCAUCAAUUGUUACAGAACUUUGGCAGGCUCAUCCAGAUUUUGGCACUAUAUUAUAUGCUAGGUUUAAACAAAAAUGCCCGAGUCUCAUUCCAUAUACCGCUGCAAAAACAGAAGAAGAGACUGAUGAAGAAUAUUAUAAAUCAUUAGGAUAUAACUAUACCAAUGGUAUUGUUGAAAAACAAGAUAAGUAUGUAAAACGAAUGACUGGAAUAAUAAGAUUGUUUGCAGCCAUUAUUGUUUCUGAAACCAAGAGUGGUAAAGCAUUAGGAAUUGCCCAUGCUUGGAUGUUGAUUGCAGCAACUGUAAAUAUGGUUCCUCAGUUAGAUGUUACAGCAGUUUUAAUACAAGAAAUGUUAGUAAUUACUGGAUAUAAUUUAAAACAAGCAUAUGGUAAGCAAUUCAUUAAAAUGUUAAGGUUCAUUGAGAGCAGAUAUAUGAAUAAAAUUGAUGAAAUCACACCAGUUGGAUGUGGAGGUCCAGUUCAGCGGUUAAAAACAUUUCUUUCUAAAACAAUUAAAUCAGGUUAUAUUGAAAAACCUAAAGGAAUCAUCUCAGUCAACUUUUGGUGACCAAAACCUAAAUUUUAAUUACAUGUUUUUUACUUAUUGAUUUCAUUGUUGUAAUAUUUUUUAUCAUUAAUUGUAAUUAAAUUGUUUUUUCUACAAUACAAAGAAAGAGUAUUAUAUACUUUUAUUUUUUGAACUAGUCUCUUAAGUUUUAUUACUUUUAAAAUCUAUCAGUGAUAUAUCUACACUAUCUAGAAUAAUCUUUGGAAAUGAUUGCUAACAAAUUCAUAGAUAUUUUAAAUAAAAUAAGAAACUAAGCAAGUACUCACACGAUGCCUU